GGCCACAGAACGCGAGAGAGAGAGAGAGAGAGAGAGAGAGAGAGAGAGGGGUGGGGUAGCUGGAGGAGUAUUGCGUAAUCGGUUCUCGCUCCCCACCGCAAUCAGCUGACAACAGACACACGGACAAACAGACACCUGGAUUUUUUCGCUCCCCACCGUAAUCAGCCGAUAACAGACACACGGACAAACAGACACCUGGACGGCCAGACCUCCAGCGGCUUGUACAGACGAACAGUGACUUGCACACGGACGCAGAGGAAAUUAACCCUUUUUAGUAGACACAGACAUGGAAUAUUGGAAGCGAAUACCAGAUAAGGAAGUAGUGAAGGAGGGCGUGGAGCUGGCCUUUGCUGCCCUGCGACGCCAUGUGCAAGCGAGGCCUAAAGAAACCUGGGUAGGCCUGAGUGUGGCCGCCGCGAGCAUCUUCAUCUGGAAAUAUGGCCAGGACUUCCGCCACAGAUACUUUGCUUGGAUUAACAAUAAAUUUAAUCAUAUGAAGCCACAAGAAUAUGAGGACUUCAAGCACAAAGUAUUUACCUGCCUGAAGGACUUGACAUCCCACGAUCCCAAGCUGAAGGAGGAAAAGAGCCUGAGAAUUCUUGAGAUUGGUGCUGGUAUUGGAGCCAACUUUGAUAAGUACCCCAACAACACUCGCCUGAUUGUGGCUGACCCCAAUCCAUAUUUUGAGAAGUACUUCUCAGAAAAUAAAGCAAAUUUCCCGAAUAUCAAAAUAGAGACCAUCAUAGUUGCUAAAGGUGAGGACAUUGACAUGGUGGAGAGCAACAGCGUUGAUGUUGUAGUGACGACUUUGGUCCUUUGCUCUGUCACUGACAUGCCCAAGGUCAUCAGUCAGAUCAAGAGAGUGUUGGUUCCUGCUGGGAAGUACAUCUUUGUGGAACAUGUGCAUGAAUGGGACAGAAAUAACCACAGAAUACGCAGGUUCCUCCAGGAUAUUCUCACCGUCACUGGAUUUUGGCCCUUCAUAUUUGAUGGGUGCCAUCUCAACAGGAAUCCCUUGCCAGUCAUUGAUGCUGUUGGGUUUUCAAAUGUGUCUUCGAACCAGGAUUAUGCUCCCUUGCCUGUUUGGUGGAUGAAGGUUGCCCAGCCACACCUGAGGGGAGUAGCCACCAAGUAGUUGCCAAAGGAAUGGAGUGUUUAAAGCAAGCCAGGCAAGCAGUGGUUUUGUUCAAGACUAUCCAGAUUGUGAUAUUUUGUCCUUGGCUAUUUUCCACACAUUUUUCUAAAUAAGUCAGGUGUCACAUGAGAUUAAAAUGAGAUUCUUUUUGUUAUCUUAUACUUCUCAUACUUUCUCCUUAACAAGUCAGAGAUGGGAUUAAGAUAAGAUGUUUUAUUGUAAUCUUGUUCUCCAAAAGUUGGGAGGCAGGAGAUGGAAUUAAGAUUAGAUGCUUUCUGUAAUCUUAUCUCUUGCUAAUUUUUUUUUUUUUUUUUUUUUUCUCUUUUCUUUCAAGUGAUGUUGAAGGAAAUGUACGUCUCCCAUGUGUUUAGCAGGUUUGAGUCUCACUCACAUGAACUGAAAAAGGCAUGACAAUUCUAUGAAAAGUAAACAACAACAUUUGAGACCCAAGACAAUUUCAUGCCUCCAACAAGCUCCACCUCUCUAAUGCAAAAGUUAACCACUAUUCUUAAUCAUUCAAUCUUUUUUUCUGUUAAACUCUGGAACUCCCUGCCUGCUUCUGUAUUUCCUCCUUAUGACUUGGAAUUCUUUCAAGAGGGAGGUUUCAAGACACUUACCCUCCAAUUUUGGAUAAUCCUUUUGACUUUUUCCUAGUGAUUGGCACCUCAAUGGACCUUUUUCUUUUUGUUGCUCUUGGCCAGUGUCCUUCUUACAUAAAAAAAGUUCUUAUACUCCCACAAAUGCUGCAGUAGGUUUAGGAAAAAGAGGCAGACAUUAUCAGCAACUGCAGACUCAUUCCUGCAGAAUUAAACACAAUAUUUGAAUUUUGCAGGGAGUCAAUGUUCCCUUUUAUGAAAUUUAAGUGAGACAUGUACUCCUUUGUGUGUAAGUUUCUUUUUUUCUUCUUUUCAGUCAUGUAUUUUGUUGUUAUUGUGUGGGAGAUACAAGGAUAGACUAUUAGCAUACUGUAUGUGAAACUGAGAUGUGUGGGAGAUACAAGGGUAGAUUGUUAGAAUGCUGUAUGUAAAGCUGAGAUGUGUGGGAGAUACAAGGAUAGAUUGUUAGAAUGCUGUAUGUAAAGCUGAGAUGUGUGGGAGAUACAAGGGUAGAUUGUUAGAAUGCUGUAUGUAAAGCUGAGAUGUGUGGGUAAUACAAGGGUAGACUUAGAAUGCUGAAUGUAAGACUGAGGGAAGUGAAGUGUGUAGGGAUGACAAGACAGGUGCAGGAGGAAACCUUUGUUGUGGUUAUCUCCUCAAGGAUUAGUAGGUGUAAAAUAAGAGAUUACAUGAGAUAGCGGAGAAAAAGACAUGCAAAUUUAUCUGCCAUAUUACAUUUGUUUUAAGGCCAUUUUUGUGGAGGAUUCAUGCAUUUAAAAUAGUAUAGAGAAUGUGUGGAGUCUUUGCAAGGAGAGAGAGAGAUUAAUGGGGAAGUAGGGAGGGAACAAAUAACAACAUGACAUUAUAAUUUACAUUUUUAGAUGUGUGACAUGCUCUUUUAGAUAAUGAAGUUCAGAAGUCUAUGACAGAUAACCACAUACUGCCAGAGUCCUGCCAAACAAAUACCUCAUGCCUCUUUCAGGGUAAACAGUAAGGUUGUGUGUUAAUAGGAGAGAGAAGUAAAUGACUGUAGAUUUAUAUUUUGGGUAAAGAUUCCCUGUGUUGUGUAAAUGGAGAGGAGGUUGUGAUUUUGUAAUUUGUGUGAGGUUUUGUAGGAUAUCCAUUGGUGACUCACUUUAAGAGGGAUCCACACGUAAUGUACAAUAGCAGGUGCCAAGGAGACUGCAUACUGGUGAAAUAGAGUAAGGUCACAUUAAAAUUACUUUGAAA